AUGUCGUCAAGACACCGGUUGGAUUUGGACGGCAGCGGACGCGGAGACAGGAGAAGGUCUCGUUCACCUAAAAAACGCUCUAGAUCUCGCUCUCCCCAUCGACACUCGUCCCCGGACAGACAACGACAAACAGGGGCGAUUGGAAACAUGAAGGUAAGCAAUAGCUUCGAUUCGAAACCAUCAAGCAAUGAUGUUCAGGUUCAAAUCAAUCCCUACAAUAGUCAACCCUACAGCAACCGGUAUUGGACCAUUUGGGAGAAACGAAGUCAGUUGCCAGUUUGGGAGUACAAAGAAAAGUUCAUGGAGUUGUUGCGGACCAAUCAGUGCAUCACUUUGGUCGGAGAAACUGGAUCUGGAAAAACUACUCAAAUUCCACAAUGGGCAGUUGAAUUCAUGAAGCAGCAACAGCAGGGAUUACCACCAAGUCAAGCCAAACUCGUCGCCUGUACCCAGCCAAGACGUGUGGCAGCAAUGAGUGUCGCAACAAGAGUAGCAGAAGAAAUGGAUGUGGUUCUCGGUCAAGAAGUGGGUUACAGUAUUCGUUUCGAAGACUGUAUCAGUGAAAGAACCGUGCUCAAAUAUUGUACUGAUGGUAUGCUGUUAAGAGAAGCGAUGAAUAGUCCAUUGCUCGAUCGUUACAAAGUUUUGAUUCUCGACGAAGCUCACGAACGUACACUAGCCACUGAUAUUCUUAUGGGAUUGAUCAAAGAAAUCGUGAGGAAUCGAGCGGAUAUUAAAGUCGUAAUCAUGUCUGCGACUUUGGAUGCUGGAAAGUUCCAAAGAUAUUUUGAGGAUUGUCCGUUGCUAAGUGUUCCUGGUAGAACUUUCCCCGUCGAAAUUUUCUUCACACCAAAUGCCGAGAAAGAUUAUCUGGAAGCUGCCAUUCGUACUGUCAUCCAAAUUCACAUGUGCGAAGAAACCGAAGGUGAUAUUCUACUGUUCCUGACUGGUCAAGAAGAAAUCGAAGAAGCGUGCAAGAGGAUCGAUCGAGAAAUCACAAAUCUGGGAUCAGAUAUUGGAGCUCUCAGUUGCAUUCCUCUGUAUUCCACACUGCCCCCAGCUGCCCAGCAACGGAUCUUCGAACCAGCUCCACCAAAUCGUCCAAACGGAGCCAUCAGUCGCAAAUGCGUCGUUUCCACUAAUAUCGCCGAAACAUCUUUGACCAUUGAUGGAGUUGUUUUCGUUAUUGAUCCAGGAUUCUCCAAACAGAAAGUCUACAAUCCAAGAAUUCGUGUCGAGUCUCUCCUCGUUUGUCCAAUUUCGAAGGCGUCGGCUAUGCAAAGAGCAGGACGUGCUGGAAGAACGAAACCCGGAAAGUGCUUCAGACUUUACACUGAAGCUGCAUAUGGCUCUGAAAUGCAAGACCAAACGUACCCUGAGAUUUUAAGAUCUAAUCUUGGCUCUGUUGUGUUACAACUGAAGAAGCUCGGAACUGAAGAUCUUGUUCACUUCGAUUUCAUGGAUCCACCAGCACCAGAAACUCUAAUGAGAGCAUUGGAAUUGCUCAACUAUCUUCAAGCCAUCAACGACGACGGAGAACUGACUGAACUCGGAAGUUUGAUGGCAGAGUUCCCUCUUGACCCUCAACUUGCAAAGAUGCUCAUUACAUCAACGGAAUUGAAUUGCUCAAACGAAAUUUUAUCGAUCACCGCUAUGUUGUCAGUUCCACAAUGCUUCGUUCGUCCAAACGAAAUGAAGAAGGAGGCCGAUGAAGCGAAAGCUCGUUUCGCUCAUAUCGACGGAGAUCAUUUGACACUUUUGAAUGUUUAUCAUGCCUUCAAGCAAAACCAAGAAGAUCCUCAAUGGUGUUAUCAAAACUUCAUCAACUACAGAACAAUGAAAACCGCGGACACUGUUCGCACACAGUUGGCUCGAGUUAUGGAUAAGUUCAAUUUGCGCCGAGUUUCAACGGAUUUCAAGUCUCGUGACUACUACCUCAACAUCAGAAAAGCACUCGUCGCUGGGUUCUUCAUGCAAGUUGCUCAUCUGGAGAGAAGUGGACACUACGUCACUGUGAAAGACAACCAACUUGUGAACCUUCACCCUUCAACCGUCUUGGAUCACAAGCCAGAAUGGGCACUCUACAAUGAAUUCGUGCUAACCACGAAGAACUUCAUCAGAACCGUAACGGAUGUGCGUCCAGAAUGGCUUCUACAAAUCGCGCCUCAAUACUACGAUCUCGCCAAUUUCCCCGAUGGAGAUACCAAGAGAAAAUUGACAACUGUGAUGCAAACACUGCAGCGUAACUCAGGCAGAGGAUAUUGA